AUGUGGUUGGGGGUGGUUGGAGGAGGUUGGAGGAGGUUGGGGGUGGUUGGAGGAGGUUGGAGGAGGUUGGAGGAGGUUGGAGGAGGUCGGAGGAGGUUGGAGGAGGUUGGAGGAGGUUGGAGGUGGUUGGAGGAGGUUGGAGGAGGUUGGAGGUGGUUGGAGGAGGUUGGAGGUGGUUGGAGGAGGUUGGAGGAGGUCGGAGGAGGUCGGAGGAGGUCGGAGGUGGUCGGAGGAGGUCGGAGGAGGUCGGAGGAGGUGGGAGGAGGUCGGAGGUGGUUGGAGGAGGUCGGAGGUGGUCGGAGGAGGUCGGAGGAGGUCGGAGGAGGUUGGAGGAGGUUGGAGGAGGUUGGAGGUGGUUGGAGGAGGUUGGAGGUGGUUGGAGGAGGUUGGAGGAGGUCGGAGGUGGACGGAGGAGGUCGGAGGAGGUCGGAGGUGGUCGGAGGAGGUCGGAGGAGGUCGGAGGAGGUCGGAGGAGGUCGGAGGUGGUCGGAGGAGGUUGGAGGAGGUUGGAGGAGGUUGGAGGUGGUUGGAGGAGGUUGGAGGAGGUCGGAGGAGGUUGGAGGUGGUUGGAGGUGGUUGGAGGUGGUUGGAGGAGGUCGGAGGAGGUCGGAGGAGGUUGGAGGUGGUUGGAGGUGGUUGCAGGAGGUCGGAGGUGGUUGGAGGAGGUUGGAGGAGGUUGGAGGAGGUCGGAGGUGGUUGGAGGAGGUUGGAGGAGGUCGGAGGAGGUUGGAGGUGGUUGGAGGUGGUUGGAGGUGGUUGGAGGAGGUCGGAGGUGGUCAGAGGAGGUCGGAGGUGGUUGGAGGUGGUUGGAGGAGGUUGGAGGAGGUCGGAGGAGGUCGGAGGAGGUUGGAGGAGGUUGGAGGAGGUUGGAGGAGGUCGGAGGAGGUUGGAGGUGGUUGGAGGUGGUUGGAGGAGGUCGGAGGAGGUCGGAGGAGGUCGGAGGUGGUUGGAGGAGGUUGGAGGAGGUUGGAGGAGGUUGGAGGAGGUUGGAGGAGGUUGGAGGAGGUUGGAGGAGGUCGGAGGAGGUCGGAGGAGGUUGGAGGUGGUUGGAGGAGGUCGGAGGUGGUUGGAGGAGGUCGGAGGAGGUCGGAGGAGGUCGGAGGUGGUUGGAGGAGGUUGGAGGAGGUCUCCCUCCAUGUGUCACAGGUGAAGAGUCAGAUGCCCUGA